AUGAUUCUCACCAAAAGCUUCCUUCAAUUUAAAGAAAGAAAAUCCCAAUAUUUAUACAUCAAAAACAUACCAUAUUUCCAUUGGUAUAAAAAAAAAAAAAAACAAUUAUUAAAUAAUAAUAAUAAUAAUAAUAAUAAUAAUAAUAAUAAUAAUAAUAAUAAUAAUAAUAAUAAUAAUAAUAAUAAUACUCAUAAAAAUAUUUCUAAAAAUUUCAUCUUUUGUAUAUUAUUUAGUUGGGCGCGCGUGGAUUGUGGAAAUCAUUUUUCACCAAAGUGUCCCUUGGUUAUUAAACAUAUUCAAUUAUUUUAA